AUGAAUCAAUCCAACAAGCCUGCUAAAGUCAGCCAUGGUGAAGACAUUGUCACCUUUAAUGUUGGCGGUGAACUCUUCACGACUUAUCGCAGCACUGUUCUUGAAUCUGACUCCACCGUCCUUCAUGAUUUGGUAAACAAAAACAGACCUCAACAAGACUUGAAAAUGCAGCAAGAGCCAAUUUUCAUUGAUCGCAAUGGUGAGUUGUUUCGCGAUGUUAUAUUCUAUCUGAGAACCAACCACAUCUACACAAAGGAUUUGGCGAAGCUCGCAGCACUGGUUAAAGAAGCCAUCUACUAUGAAAUCGACAGCAUGGGUGACGCAUUGCAAGAGUCAAUUGAUGCAACCAAAAUACAACAGGAAAAGCGUCAGAAGAAGCCCAGAGUAGUAUUGAUGGAUGUCAAGGAAAUGUGCAAAACUCUUAGCGAUACCAAAGCAGCCCACCCUACCACAUACAAAAUCGUAGAGGAGAGAGAUGGCGUAGAGAAAACAUACUCAGUCCUUGAUAUUGUGUACGUCAAAGACAUCAACACCUGCUUUGAGCAUGGCAAACCUUACUGUGCUUGCUCUUCUACUCCCAAGCUUGUCUUGGCUCCAAAGAGCACUGAACAAUAA